AUGGCUUGCGCUGGUGGGUCCGAUCUGUCGCAGGUCACAGGUCGCGAUCGAAACUUUUUCGAGUCUCGCAGGUGGAGGAAAUUGGGCGACACAACAUGGGAUAGUAAAGCACAUAAGCCGUGCAACAUGACUGCUGUAGCCGCUGGACUCCAUUCUACCUGCUGCGCUGACGGCGAUUUGUGUCUAACAAACGGGCUUUGUAUUCCUCAGAGAGAUAUCGAUUCAAGAAACUGGUAUUGGCGGGAUGGCUGCACAGGCAAGACCUGGAAGGAUCCAGCGUGUCCUAAGCACUGCGCAGAUAUUGAACUUCUCAGAAAGACCGGUCUUGUUAUGAACGGUCUGGAACCAAAGUCGUUGUGGUGCUGUGCUAUCGUUGGCAAUGGAGGUAUAGCACAUUGGCCACAACAAGACGCAAUCAACACGACAUGCUGCAGUAGAGACGAUCUCACGUUCCGUGCCGCAGAACCCGAAGUGUACGCUAUAGCUGGCGUGGCGGAAUUCAGCACAUCAUCACGAUUAGCCGUGCAGACUGCCUCAGAGCUGAGCACUGUCUCGCAAUCAUCGACUGCGACAGCGACGGACUCGUUGAGCACAUCUUCAGCAAGCGCUAGCGCAGAACAAAGAUCAGGCUCUACAGGCCUUGGCACAAGCGCAAUAGUUGGCAUCGCAGUUGGAGUAUUGGUUGGGUUGAUAUUACUGUGCGUGGUUGAUAGUACCAACGACGCUCUCAAGACAGAUGGAUAUAGAGAGUUGCCAGCGAGCCAAGAAGCAGGCCGCAAGCAGUAUAAUCCAACAAUCUACCAGCACGAAGCGUCUUCAACGCAGGUCCAAGAGCUUCCUAUUGUUAAUAGGCUAUCUAAGCUCCCGCAGUGCUGGUAUUCCACCCGACGUUGUCCUCCGAGUCCUCGUACUCGGUGCUCAGCCGCCGUAAGCGCUUAA